AUGAGGGGUCUAGCCUCUUCAGAUCCUGGAUGCUGGGUGGUGAACGGCGGCUGCUCGGGGUGGAUGGAUCUGAAUAUCUACAAAAAUAGGGGAUGUGCGGCCUAUCCCUUUGUCACGGCGCCACAUAGUGACUUACAGGAGACAAAGGCUGUACCUGUCUCUGCUGAAGAACUGACCCUGAUACUCGGCCGACGGCCUGCAGGUAUCAUUGACCUCAUUGAUGGCCAUAUGCCGAUCUCGUGCAAUACUCUCAUCUUGCAGAGCCCGAGGGAUGAUAACAACGACCUCACGAAACCACCUGACCUAGAACCGAGGGAAUCCUAA